AUGGCCGAGACUGGCCGUCCGUCGCUGUGGGACUCGUCCUCCCUGCGUAAGCUGACACGGCUCUACGAGUACACGCUGCUCGAUCUCGAUACCAUCCUUACCGCCAUCUGGCACUAUUGCCCCAACAAGGGAGCCAAGCCUAGUCCCGAAUCAGCCAACAAGAAGCUCAAAGCACUUCUCGACAAGCAGCCGAGAUGGACAAGGCCCGGAAACGAGGAAGACGUGGAGGUACGCUAUGAGCAGUACCGCCAAUCAUACGCCGCGACCGCUGCCGCUUCCCCCGACUUUGCUGUCAGCUCAUCCGAGUCCCCUCGAGCUCAGGAAUGGGAUGGCUGCUAUCUACCCCUGGAUUCCUGUACAUCCGAACCUCAGCAGCAUGGCCGGGAGGCGUCUCGUGCCUUCGUCGACGCUGACCCAUUCUCGCCCUCGACCAUCGCGCGCACGGCUACCAACCUCUCCGACUCCACAGAUGUUUCAACUGGCUCUCGGGAACUGUUCUCCGGUCAUUCUAGCAGGUGCAUCCACAUCGUCAAGAGGCUUAUCAAGCGUUUGACCAUCCAUGCCACGAGCGACUUCAAGGUGCCCACUUCUGGCUCAAGUCCCUUCACCAGCUGGACUUCUGAUCCAGACGCUGCACACCCCUUGACCACGGUGCUGCCCCCCCUCCCCGGUGACUUCCUCCUCAUCGACUUCCACAAGUUCCAGAAGGCCUACUGCUUCUCCCAACCGCAGAGAUGCCAUAUGCCAACGUGCAUCUGCCGCGCCCUGACCGAGAAUCUGAACCUGGCCUGGGUUGGACAAGACGGGCCCACACCCCUUGCUCGAGAGAUUCUCAAUGGCCGUUUCUCUUCGGUCCAGCCCGACUCUAGGGAUGUGUUUGGCAACACGCCGCUCCAUCUUUUGGCCGUACGAGGGCGCUCAGAGGUCCUCCUCCAUGCCGUGCGCCACCAACGGUUUGCCGAUUUCCUCGGCGCCGCCAAUACUGCCGGUCAGACAUUCCUGCACACGCUCCAUCCCGGCUGGUUCGCGCAGGCGUCCAACAUAUACGCGUUGCUGGAUGCCCUCACGGCGCUGCCGCAUCUUCCCUCCGACAGCCGGCUUGACCUUUCAGCCCGCGACCACUUCGCAACUCGGUACUCGCUCAUCAACGCCUGCCGCUCCCGAGACGCCCUAGGCGUGGUGCCGUUGGCUUUCCCGAUAGACCGCGUGUCCUCUUCCCAGAAUCCGGAGUACGCAUACAACGACCUCAUAAAGGUCGUCACACAUGCCUCCCAGAACCCCCAUAUUCAAGAUGACCACGGCCGCAACGGACUGCACUGCCUGGCCGCUGCGCCAAUGUGCCCCGGGAGCUAUCUAGCCAGGAGAGACAGGAUAGACCUACUGCCGCCCGCCGCGAGAAGCGGUGGCAGCUUCGGGAGGGCCAAGGCCGCAGCUCCCCAGGAGGAAGAGAUCCACAAAUCAUUCUACCUUGACGACUCGAGCCAACCGGUCCUCACCCUUCGGAUGAACACGGCCAGCAGCCUGUUGGAUGCCAAGGUAGACGUCAACGAUCACGACGCCGACGGGAACACGCCUCUCAUGGCCUUUUGCGCGGAACUUCCCGAGGACGGCGACGACAAGGUCGGCAGGGAGACCAUCAGGCUGCUCGUCACUCAGGGCGGCGCCAACGUCAACGCCCGCAACCGCCGCGGCGAGACGGCCCUGCACGUCGCCGUCCGCUGCGGCCGCAAGCUCGCCGUCAGGGAGCUCGUCGACCUGGGCGCCAACGUCCACUGCCGCGACGCCGACGGGAGGGGCCUGCUCGCCCUCGCAGACGUCAAGAUAGCCGGCGCCGGGGAGGGGCCCCACCCGUUCCUCUCCCACAGGAGCCCCUCCUCGCCUCCGUCGCCGGCAACUAUGCGCAUGCCGUUUGCCUACGCCCACUACCAGGCCUGCAGGGCGUAUCUGAGCAAGCCCCGUGGCAUCAGUGCUGCGCAGCAGAUUGCCGUCCAGCAUCCGUCGUUGGGGCAAGAAUGGGGGAUGUAUGUGCUUUAG